CAUCCUCGCGAGAUUUGGUAAGCUCUCGUUCAGUUGCAGUUAGCAGCAGUCAUUUAGCUCGGAGCUACACCACAAACAAAUAAACAAAGAAGAACAGGAAAACCAGUCGAGAUCAGACCCAGUGCGUCUUCAGCAUGAUGUCGGGCGGCCCAGCGGUCCGUGUGAGCAUCGAGUCGUCGUGUGAGCGGCAGGUACAAGAGGUCUCUCUGGAUGGGAUGGAGACGUACGUGCCUCCGCUGUCCAUGUCUCAGAACCUGGCUAAGCUCGCUCAGAGGAUCGACUUUGGCCAGAGCUCAGAUUCGGACGAGGAACGCACCGACCGGGAGAAGAGGGACGAAUGGAGCACACGUGAGGCAGAAGAGGAUGAGGGUACAGUGAAGUUUCAGCCGUCACUGUGGCCCUGGGACUCCGUGAGGAACAACUUGCGAAGCGCACUAACAGAGAUGUGUGUGCUGCAUGAUGUGCUGAGUGUUGUCAAAGAGAAGAAGUAUAUGGCACUCGACCCUGUGUCCCAGGACCCCACUGUUGCCAAGACCCCACAGGUUUUCCAGCUGAUCAGUAAGAAAAGAUCUUUGGCAACUGCAGCUCAGCUGCUUCUCAAAGGUGCCGAGAAACUGACCAAGUCACUGGCUGAGAACCAGGAGCAGCGCAGACAGAGAGACUUUAACUCGGAGCUGCUGCGGCUGCGCUCGCAGUGGAAGCUGCGCAAAGUCGGAGACAAGAUCCUCGGAGAUCUCAGCUACCGCAGCGCUGGGUCCCUGUUUCCCCAUCAAGGCACGUUUGAGGUGAUAAAGAACACAGACAUCGACCUAGAUAAGAAGGUUCCCGAUGAUUAUUGUCCGCUUACUGUGCAGAUCCCCAGUGACCUGGAGGGCUCUGCUUAUAUCAAGGUAUCCAUUCAGAAGCAGUCCCCUGAUAUAGGUGACCUUGGCACAUUGAAUCUCUUCAGGAGACCACCCAAAGCCAAACCAGGUUCUCAGAUGUGGCACUUAAGACUGGAAGCGGCUCAGAACGUGUUGCUGUGUAAAGAGAUUUUUGCUCAGCUCUCACGCGAAGCCGUUCAGAUCAAAUCACAGAUCCCUCACAUCGUCGUCAAGAAUCAGAUCAUCUCACAUCCUUUCCCUGGUCUGCAGCUUUCCAUCUCUCUCUGCCACUCCGCUGGAGAGAAGAAGAGCCAAAGAGCAUCACCAGACAGGAUUAAACCAGACGACCAUCUGUAUGUGUUGGAACACAACCUUCACCAGCUCAUACGAGAGUUUCACAAGCAGACACUGAGCUCGGUGACGAUGCCUCAUCCUGCCAGCGCUCCAUUCGGUCACAAACGCUUGCGGCUGGCGGGACCCAUGGGCUAUGAUAAAGCAGAGAUCAGCUCCUGGCAGCACAUAGAAGGACUGUUGGAGAAGAUCAUCAAACAGGCCAAGCACAUCUUCCUGAGAAGCAGGACGGCACGUACCAUUGACAGUCUGGCGAGUCGCAUAGAGGAUCCUCAGAUUCAGGCUCACUGGUCCAACAUUAAUGAUGUGUAUGAAUCCAGCGUGAAAGUUCUCAUCACCUCUCAAGGAUACGAGCAGAUCUGCAAGUCCAUUCAGUUGCAGCUGAACAUUGGUGUGGAGCAGAUCCGAGUGGUGCACAGAGACGGCCGCGUCAUCACGCUGUCGCACCAGGAGCAGGAGCUGCAGGACUUCCUGCUGUCACAGAUGUCGCAGCAUCAGGUGCAUGCCGUGCAGCAGCUGGCCAAAGUCAUGGGUUGGCAUGUGUUGAGUUUCAGUAAUCACGUGGGGCUCGGGCCCAUCGAGAGCGUCGGGAACGCGUCUGCCAUCACCGUCGCAUCUCCCAAUGGAGAACACGCGAUUUCAGUGCGGAACGGUCCAGAGAGCGGCUGUAAGGUCCUGGUUCAGUUUCCUCGCAGUCAGGCAAAAGAGCCGCCCAAGAGUGACGUGGUGCAGGAUGGUAAAUGGAGUCACCUGAGGGGUUCUUAUAAAGAAGUACACUGGGGCAGAAUGGAAGGACGAAACUUUGUUUAUAAAAUGGAGCUGCUGAUGGCGGCAUUGACACCGUGUUCGUAGAGACCGUAGACAUUACACGUUCGCUGUCAACAGGUUCUGUUGUAAUGACUCUUCAUUUAAAUCGUUGGAUUCGUAUGAGAAACGUUGCUCAUUUUCGUUCCAGUGCUGCCAAUGCUGAGUAAAGUCGCAUAUACAUGACUUCAACUUCUUCAAAGGGAUAGUUCACCCAAAAUUCUGUCAUCAUUUCAUCAAAACCUGAAUCAAAACCUAAAUUAUUAGCAUUUCAUCGUUCCAAACCUGGAUACAUUUAUUUGUUCUGCUAAGUAUUUUGAAGAAUGUGGGAAACCAAACACUUCUGAGCAGACUGAUUGACCACCAUAAUAGUAGGUUAUUUUCUACUAAGGAUGUGCUCCGGAGCUGUUUGGUUACAAACAUUCUUUUCUUCAAACAUCUUUGUGUUCAGCAGAAUAUUGAAAUUCAUACAGGUUUUGAGUAAAAUGAACUAACCUUUUAAUUGUCCAUUUUUAUAAGGAAAAAAAACAACUUUGGUUA